CGCACUGGACCCGCGGCGCCGAACUGCAGCCAUGGAACAGGCACCUCCGGAUCUCGAGCGGCUUUUGCAUCCCGCGCCUCUGGAGCCACUGGGUCAUCCCGACGCUGGGCUGGAGGCUGCGGUUGGUGAGGAAUCGGAGGGGGCCCGAGGCGAUGAGGGCGCCGGGGACGGCACGGUCGGGGAGCCCGGAGGUUUGGGCCUGGAGAAGACCCUGAUGUUUCUGGCAGUCUGGCAAGGAGUUGUGCAGAGGACGUGGCUUAACGGAGGCAUCGUGGAGAAUGGGAUGACAGAAAACAAUUUUUGGUUGAAGAAGAUAGAAAUUAGUGUGUCAGAAGCAGAAAAACGAACUGGAAGAAAUGCCAUGAACAUGCAAGAGACAUAUACUGCUUACCUCAUUGAAACAAGGUCAGUUGAACACAUUGAUGGUCAGAGUGUCCUAACAGACUCACUAUGGAGGCGGUACAGUGAAUUUGAGUUGUUGAGAAACUACCUUUUAGUUUACUAUCCACAUGUUGUUGUGCCGCCUCUACCAGAAAAAAGGGCAGAAUUUGUUUGGCAUAAACUGUCCGCUGACAACAUGGAUCCAGAUUUUGUAGAAAGACGACGAAUUGGUUUAGAAAACUUCCUCUUGAGAGUUGUUUCACAUCCCAUCCUUUGUAGAGACAAAAUCUUCUAUUCGUUUUUAACACAGGAAGGUAACUGGAAGGAGACUGUGAAUGAAACUGGGUUUCAACUGAAGGCAGACUCCAGGUUAAAAGCGCUUAAUGCAACAUUCAGAGUGAAAAACCCAGACAAGAGAUUUACUGAACUAAAGCACUACAGUGAUGAACUACAGUCUGUCAUCUCACAUCUUCUUCGAGUCAGAGCUAGAGUAGCAGAUCGACUCUAUGGUGUAUAUAAAGUACAUGGGAAUUAUGGACGAGUUUUCAGUGAAUGGAGUGCUAUAGAAAAAGAAAUGGGUGAUGGACUACAGAGUGCCGGUCAUCAUAUGGAUGUGUAUGCGUCUUCUAUUGAUGAUAUUUUGGAAGAUGAAGAACAUUAUGCAGAUCAGUUAAAGGAGUAUCUUUUUUAUGCAGAAGCACUACGCGCUGUGUGCAGGAAACACGAACUCAUGCAGUAUGACUUGGAGAUGGCUGCUCAGGACUUAGCAUCCAAGAAGCAGCAGUGUGAGGAACUGGCAACUGGGACUGUGAGAACAUUUUCUUUGAAGGGAAUGACUACCAAGCUCUUUGGUCAAGAAACUCCUGAGCAAAGAGAAGCCAGAAUAAAAGUGCUUGAAGAGCAAAUAAGUGAAGGAGAACAACAGCUGAAGUCUAAAAACCUGGAAGGCAGAGAAUUUGUGAAAAAUGCUUGGGCCGAUAUUGAACGCUUCAAAGAACAAAAGAACCAUGAUUUAAAGGAGGCCCUCAUAAGCUAUGCAGUCAUGCAGAUCAGUAUGUGCAAAAAGGGAAUUCAAGUUUGGACCAAUGCUAAGGAAUGCUUUAGCAAGAUGUAAUCUUGUGAAAUGAAUUUCUCUUCAAUCAAAGUGCCCCAAAACAGAAGCACAAGUAAAUAAAAAAAAAUUUAAGUUGCUACCUAGUAUAUACAAAAAUGUAUGUUGAAUAAAUUCAGCUUUCUAUAAUUUGAUUGUAGUUGUGUUAAUAUAGCACAAAAAGAUGUAUUUUAAUGAAGAUUAAAUAUUAUAAUUUGAGGUUUUGGGGACUGGUGCUGAUUUCAAAAAGUUAAUUUGAUAAAAUAUACCAACAGAUUGUUUGUCAGGCUUCUGAACCAAUGACUGAAUGUCAGGAUGUUAGAUAAUUUCUAGAUGUUCAUUUCCAUGCCAGCUGUUUCAAAUCUGUUUAUGUAGGGAGUUUUCUCCUAAGAUUGGAUUCCUGUCUUUACUUGGUAAGACUCAUGAAUCUGUUAUAGGGGGUUAUUUUUUCUUGCCUUAUAGUUGAGCUGUUUGGUUUGACAAAGCUCAGCAGAAACUUAGUGUGAGAUCUAAAAUUUUCUCCCACAUUCAUUGAUGCCCCCUGUAACAUUUGCAUACACUAGAAAAUGCCUUCCAUUUGUGUUUUACCAGAAUUUUGAUACUGGUCAGAAAUUUUAUACUGCCAACAAAGAAGACUCAACUUCUCAGAUAUAUAAUGAAGUACGUUGUUAUGAUCUAGGAAUUGCUAUAUAGAAGGUUUUAAUUGAGUAUGUUACAUAUAAGCAUUAAAUUCUUCCCAAAUAAUUCUAAACCUCAGUGAUGAGCCUAAAUUUACUCUGCUUGGCUCUCUACACAUGGCAUUUCAGGGUAUAAGAUGUAGCAUUUCAAUGUUUAAGAUUUAUGUAGUGAACAUAUCUGUUAGUAUCUUCAUUAUUAACAUCCUCCUUUUCUAUUGCUUGGCUGUAAUUUUUGUGAAGAUAAAUUAUAUUGUUUUUUGGUAUGUGUUUUUGUGGUCUAUGUUCAGAAGCCAAGCACUCUCAUUUUGCUAGCUUUGCUGAAUCUUACAUGUGCUUAUUAUUACUAAUUAUGUAAAAAAAAAAAAAAAAAAAUCUCCAGUACUGUUCAGCAUUUGACUUUUUUACAUGUUUAAAAUGUUGCAGUUUUUUUUGUGCUGUUUGCCAAACUUAUACAAUAAAUAAAUGAAGUAUCGUGCUGA